UUACAAAAUUGUAAGAUAAUACGAGAUUAAAAAUGAAAAGUUCCACCUUCCCAAGGCGGUUCGAACCCAAAACAGGACCCCAAUUUCAACUUCGUUGUCAACGUCCUCGUCUUCAACCGCCUCACCGCACUCUCCCGGUGCCCCUCGCCGCCUCAGUGGACGCGAUCGGUGAAAAGGUUGUGCAUUAUAGGACGGGCAAUGUGGCCUGGACGCCCUGUGGUUGAAGGCAUGGUGUGCUGCUUCCGAUCACGAGUUCGCCUUCGAGGUGGAGGAUGGCAUAGAUGUUUCCUCGCUGUACCAUGAGUUCGUUAAGGUGCUGAUUCCCAAUUAUAGCCUUCCAUCUUUGGUGUUUGGUAGGAAUAGAUCAAGACCUGAGCACAGGCAUCAACACUGAAUGCUAAGCCUGAAGGAUUCAAUGAAGCUAAACCUGAAAAAGGUAACGGAGAAAAGAAUCAGAUCAGAGAAUGCCUGAACAUGAAGGACAUACCAAAAUGCAAAGACACGGAAUUGGAAGCUCUGAACAUGGCAAUGAAAAUUGAGCUUUUGGAUAGAGAGGGGAGAUGAAUCAGCUGGGAGUACCCCUUGUGUCAAACAUGAGAAAGUAGAUAUCGUGCUAUAAAAAGACCCAUGGGAUGCAUUUUUUUCUUCCACAUGGCACAACCCAGCUGACAACUUUGCAUAUCUAGAACUUUGAGAAAGCUUGCCAUUUCCAUGAGUUUACAAGUAAACAUGGAAACAAAUUACAGUUGAAUGAUAAGACACGGCUUUUCCUAAAUCAGUUAUCUGGCACACGGGAUCAAAUUCUCUUUCCAAAGCCAUGGAAAGAAAGAGUUCAGGCUGUGGUUUGACGAGAACAUGGCGAAAGGGCAAUAGAAAAAACAUAUCUUGUGACUGCAAGAUGGUAUAGAGAGAAAAGAGUUUUAAGUGUUUCUCACAGAGCUGCUGGAGUAAACUUUGGGAGAACAGCUAAUUUAGCUUGCAUAUUCUUUUGACCCAUUUUGUCUUGUCAUUUGUAACAAAAUUAAGUCGAAUUGAGUCUUAAGAUUGAGUCGAAUUAUAUUUUCACGAUUGAAUUAUUUAAACAUCUAAAUCUCUUAGUGUUUUUAUUUUCAUCAUAACUAUAGAUGCUUUUAAGGGAACGUAUUAAAUGAUUUUUGUUACUUCCAAAAAAGGAGAUAUUGUGUCUAAAAACUAUCACUUCUCCAGGAGUAUUAUUCCCUUUUGAAAUGAAAAAUAUCUCAACUCAAAUUCACCUUAUAUCUCAACAAAAUAUAUAAUUAUUUCACCCUGAAUUUUGUUUUUGAUUUAUUAAUUAAAAAUAAUUUCUAAAGUGUAGAAAUAAAAUAAAAAAAAUGAUUGGGUGAUUUAGAGGAAGUGAGACAAGGAGGAAUUGAAUGGAGAAUCGGAAGACAUCGGCGUACUACGAGAACAGAGCGGUGCAGUUCGGGGUAGUGAGCACCGAGUGGCUUGCUCAGGCUCAGUCCGCCACUGUCCCUCGUUCCCCUUCUUCUCCUUCUCCAUCUCCUCCUCUUCCUCCUGCCCACAAUGACGCCGACAAACCCUUCUCCGUCAUCGAGGAGUUCGACACCUGGCGCAAGCACCCCGAUUUGGCGGAAGCCGUCGCCGCCAUUCGUGCCUUGGCCGCCGUCAUCCGCUCCAGCAAGGCCACAACCAUGAUGCAACUCGAAAUCCAACUCAAAAGCGCCUCCGAUUCCCUCAAAUGUUGGGAUACAACUUCAAUCUCCUUAACCGCCGCCUGCGAUCUCUUCAUGCGAUACGUCACCAGGACUUCCGCUCUCGAGUACGAAGACUUCAAUUCCGCCAAGUCUCGCUUGCUCGAACGCGCCGAUAAGUUCGGCGAAAUCUCCUUCAAGGCUCGCGAAAUCAUUGCAAUGCUGAGCCAGGAUUUUAUAUUCGACGGUUGCACAAUUCUUGUUCACGGUUUCUCCAGAGUCGUGCUUCAGAUUCUCAAACUCGCUGCACAGAAUAACAAGCUCUUUAGAGUCUUGUGCACAGAGGGGAGACCGGAUAGAACGGGUUUGCGGUUUUCCAAUGAGCUGGCGAAGCUUGAUGUGCCUGUGAAGCUUGUUAUAGACUCUGCAGUGGCUUAUACUAUGGAUGAGGUUGACAUGGUGUUUGUUGGGGCAGAUGGAGUUGUUGAAAGUGGUGGUAUAAUCAACAUGAUGGGAACUUACCAAAUUGCAAUGGUGGCUAAGAGUAUGAACAAGCCAGUUUAUGUGGCUGCUGAAAGUUACAAGUUUGCUCGAUUUUACCCUCUGGAUCAAAAGGAUUUGGCCCCUGCCUUACGCCCUGUUGAUUUUGGUGUGCCUGUUCCAUCCAAGGUUGAGGUUGAAAGUUCUGCACGGGAUUAUACUCCUCCUCAGUAUCUCACUCUGCUUUUCACUGAUUUAGGUGUCCUUACUCCAUCAGUUGUUAGUGAUGAACUUAUCCAGCUAUACUUGUAGCUAUUCCAGUAUAACUAUUUUUCGAUUCUCUGAAACCGUUGGCUUCACUUCAAGAUUGUGUUUUAUGGUAUAAUUUUGUAACAAGACAUGCAUUAGCAUGUUCAAUGUAACCAAGGAUCUCUUAUUCACGUCACAAACCUAA